CGGAUAUAUACAACGUUAAAUGUUGCAUAUAACGGUUGUAAAUAAGAUGUUAUGAUAUAUAAAGGUAAAGAAACAUUAAAUUGUGAACUCGCUCGCUGUAAGUAUACAGGAUUUAAUUACGUAAUCCUUUCGUAAUCGAAUUUAUUAUCGCUAAGACUGGCGUAACACAUUGUUUGAAAAUGCAGACGAAAAACUACAUUAAACUGUUUUUAGUUUUAUGUAUGUGCUAUACAGUUGUUGGAAUAGAUACGUCAAUAGUCCGGCAAACGUUUGUCAAGAAUUGGCUUCAGACAAUAGGAAAUGGGUCAGCCAUAUCUGUUGAUGAUAUAAAACUUUACUUUAAACAGCAAUUAUGGACUGAUCACACUGGGAAUAACUUGUCGGAUUGUCGUGGCACAGACUUUACCGGUCAAUCAAGUAAUUCUGUUGAAAACUGUUUACUGCAUCAGUGUUUAUCACCAGCAGAUCUUUACUCCUUUUCCGGCUUACAAAAUGCUUCCACUGCCACAGAGGUCUCGACCCUGUCCAUGAUAUUACUGCAUAACUGGCAGAAAAAGACAUGUGCGGAAAACUUUGCAGAUGAUAACGAUCAGCAUGAUUCCGAUCCGGUUUCAAGAAGUGAAACAUGGGGGUAUGGAAUCCUUUGUUCUUCCAUAAUUGUUCUAGCGGCACUUGGUGGAUUCCUGGCCCUUCCAUUUAUUCACGGAGUCAACUAUAAAAGGACGUUGAUAUUUAUGGUGGGUCUUGCUGUGGGGACACUUGCAGGAAGCAGCUUAUUAUUUCUGAUUCCAGAGGCGCUUGAACUUACAGAGCAGGAGUUAGACAGAGAUAGCUACCUAUGGAAGUGUCUGGUUGUAAUAGGGGCUAUCUACAUAUUCUUUAUAAUUGAAAGACUUUUGAAAAUAUUUUCACACAAGAAAGAGAAGAGCAGAAAAGAAAAAGAACUCCACAAGGAAAUUCACAGCGGUCGUUUCGGAACAACUCCCUCAGAUACAAAGUUUAGAGAGCCCAAACUGACCUCAUUGCAGAAGAUAUCUGAGUCGUCAACAUCUUCGUUAAAUAACCUAACUGAUUUUCAAGAUGUUUCCACCAUAUCUGGCUCUGUGUCAGAGAAUGAUUUAACCAAGGAUGGAGAGGCUAAGGAUCUGAAGCACGUAGCACCUGUGGCAUGGAUGAUUAUAUUUGGAGAUGCCGUGCAUAAUUUUGUGGAUGGUGUAUCAAUAGGGGCAGCAUUCACAGAAAGCAUUCUUGGCGGAGUGUCCGUAUCUGUUGCAAUCUUCUGUGAAGAACUUCCACAUGAGCUAGGAGACUUUGCGGUGCUCUUGCACGCUGGAAUGUCAAGAAAACGCGCUGUACUGUUCAAUUUUCUCUCUGCCUGUACAAUCUACAUUGGUAUGAUCAUUGGAAUAUUUCUGGGAGAAAAUGUGGAGGCUCAUACAUGGGUAUUUGCCUUCGCUGGCGGCAUGUUUCUCUAUAUAUCACUGGCUGACAUGAUGCCUGAGAUGUGUGCCGCGGGAGAGUUGGAAGAAAAUCAAAGGCUAGUAGGAACAUGGGUGAUAUUCAUCCUUCAGAAUCUCGGUAUACUUGUCGGUUUUGGAGUUAUUCUUCUUCUAGCUAUAUAUGGUGGAAACUUGGAGUCGGCAAUAAAAGGAGAAAAGUAAAGAAUGAAAAAGGCAUGCCUUUGUCAAGCAUGCUUACAUAUCAUAAAUAUGUGUUUUUUCUGUUGUCGAACAGGGUGCGGCUGAGCUCUAGUUUGCAAUGAAGGGGAAACACGAUAAGCAAUAUAGAGCUUGUCUUAUAUUAUCAUAUUAUCUUAUAUAUGUGUAGACAAUUAUAACAAAAUCAGUGAUGUAAAUUGUGAUAAACUAUGCUUCUAUUGUUUCCACAUUUCUUUUUGUAAAUCAAAAAACUCUUUUUGUUUGUAGGAUGAUCAAACGAAAUCUGAUCAAUUAAACUCAUUUCAAUAUGUAGAUCUAUAGUAAUAAUGUGAUCAUUGAUGUAUGAAGAAAAGGGUCCAAAAAUUUCACUUUUCAAGUUUAUUAUUUAAUUCGUGUUUUUUUGUCAACAAUUAUAUGGUCUUAUUUAAUUUACAAUAUGUCUCAGUUAACCAACAAUAUGUGCACAUUUUAGUGAAACCUUCAAGACAUAUUGUACACGUACAAAGGUUUCUCUCUGCUUGUUUUGUAAUUGAUUCUAAGUUUUAAAAAGUAAAAUUUAAAAAUAAAAAUAAAAUAGUCAAAAUAAUAAAUUAAUUAGUUGUUUUAUUUAUUCAUUUCAAUAAAUAAUGUUUGCAUGCUACUCGGAUGUUAUAUUUAAUAAAUUACAGUGUAAAGGUUAAAAGACUUAAGUUUUGUAUUAGAUAUAAUUUAAUUAUACAUUUCGGCUCAAAACCGCCGUUUGUAAGUUCACAAAGUAAACACUCAUUGAUGAGGUGUGCAAACUUGAUGGUAGUUAUUCAUAUUUUUUGUAUUUCAAAUAAACU